UGCGCAUCGUUCCGCUCGUCAUUUGGCGACGUGUACCCGGUGUGAAGCGUUCAGGUGUCCCACCUCUGCUGGCUAACAAGCUGCCAUAAAAACAUUGAAAAUCCCUAAAACAGCGAGGCCAUGGGAGGUUCGCAGAGUGUGGAGAUACCGGGAGGAGGCUCCGAGGGCUACCACGUCCUCCGGGUUCAGGAGAACUCGCCUGGACAUCGGGCAGGACUGGAGCCUUUCUUUGACUUCAUUGUCUCCAUCAAUAACACCAGACUGAACAAGGACAACGACACCUUGAAGGACCUGCUCAAAGCCAGUGUGGAGAAGCCAGUGAAGAUGCUGGUUUACUCAUCAAAGACCCUGGAGCUGCGGGAGUCCACCGUCACACCCAGCAACCUGUGGGGGGGCCAGGGCUUGCUUGGCGUCUCGAUCCGCUUUUGCAGUUUUGAGGGAGCUAACGAGAAUGUUUGGCAUGUGCUGGAAGUGGAGUCUAAUUCUCCAGCAGCACUCGCCGGCUUGCGGCCACACACCGACUACAUCAUUGGAGCCGACACCGUUAUGAAUGAGUCUGAGGACCUUUUCUCUCUGAUAGAGAGCCACGAGGGGAAGGGUCUGAAGCUCUAUGUAUACAACACAGACACUGAUAACUGCAGGGAGGUGGUCAUUACACCUAACAGCGCAUGGGGAGGAGAGGGCAGCCUUGGGUGUGGGAUUGGUUACGGAUACCUCCACAGGAUUCCCACCCGGCCUUUCGAGGAGGGGAAGAAGAUUAGCUUCCCAGGAAACUCUCCCAGCGAGCCUGUCAGUCCACUGAAGGACGGAUUCACAGAGGUCCAACUUUCGGCCGUGACGCCACCUCCCACUGCUCCCGCUGUCCCCUCCGGCCUUGAAGACUCGCUGUCCAGCCUGUCAAUCAGCUCAGCCCCGCCCACCAUGCCCAGUGAGCUACAGACAGGUUUGCCUACAGUCCCUCUGCUCCCCUCCUCCACCAACCCCUCCCUCACCCCCCUCACUCCACUCAAUCCUGCCGCCACCAGCUUCAACCCGGCCACCACGCUACCAGGUCUGAUGCCCCUCCCAGCUGGCUUACCUCCACUCCCUAACCUCCCUAACCUGAACCUGCCACUCCCAGACCUCAGUGCCGUGUCACUAGCAGGCAGUAGCACCUUACCACCACCAUUGGGAACGACAGUUCCACCUCUGGCUCCACUCCCUCCCCUGAACCUCCCAGGUCUGGCCCCGUUGCCCCCUCUGCCCACCAUGCUGCCCUCCCAGCUGCCUCCUCUCCUCUCUCAGGGCGUGACUCCCCUGGUGCCCGCCUCCAUCUCCACCCCUCCAGCGACCGUCCCAGCCGCCGAAUCCACAGCGCCAAGAGAAGCUGUCUCAGAAACACCAGCUCCUACGGAAGCAACACUACCGUCAUCGUAACGUGGGAAUCCCUUCAAAGCCAUCAAAACUAAAACACACCUGGUCUCUCUCUUUCUCCAUUCUGUCUUUCUCUGUGUUUUGUUUUUUCUAUUUAUUUGGCCAAGAGGGACAGGCAGACAGAUGCACCAAUUAAGACCCAGUGGUCAGCAUGUUCCCGUUAUGGAUGAAGGAUAAGAAGAAUGGAGGACGGCUGUAGACCUACGUGUCUGAGUUGCCAGAUUGUCAUAAUGCAGAGGAACUGGUAGCACUGCAGCUUGCCUUCGCUACUGUACGAGGAAGACGAGGUCUACUCUCUGGUUUGUAGUUCGCUUCGCACUUCUGCAGAUACAACAAGGCAAAGAACUGUUAGGAUUUUUCCCCUUUUCCGAUCUGGCAUCUUUGUUUCAGUUUUUUUUUUUUUUAAUAUAACCGAUGUCUGUUAACGGGGCUGGACGAUAAACUGAGUUUACUGAAUUCCUGAAUCAUUAAAACUGAGGAUGGCAACCAGUGACGCCUAACUGGAAGUCAAACCAACCAGUUAAUCCAGUCUGGACGCCAUUUAACUGGUCGUACUGGAAAGAAAUUAUGCACUGCUGUACUGAGAAAUAAAUCUGAAUUCAUCACGGCAGAAUUUAUCAUCCAGCUCUGGUUUGUAACCGUUUCAUUUUUAGUUACUAGAGCCCCUGACCAGUAGAUUUAAUUUGAUUAACAUGUAUUAUUUUUUGUUUAAAUUGCUGUAUGAGUUUCUCCACCCAAUGAAUGAAUCUGCAUUAUUUUGCACCACCUUUUUGUGUUUUGAAAUUAUUAGUCCCUUCGUAUGUCUCCAUGUAUAUCCAGAACUCUAUUGUACUCAACAUCUCCACCACAGAGACAAUAACAAGCCAGAGGCCACGCCAGAACAGACGGAGGUUUACAGGAGCUACUGAGCAGAGUGUGUGCUUGCUGCUGGGUGAUUUAUAGGUAGUGUGAGGUUAUUAAACACACAGCACAUGUCCUCUUGGUGUGGCCGAGGUGCACUGGUUGGCAGGGUGGCAGGGCAGCCACAAGGUGUCGCUGUAACAACAAAACAUCUACUGUAUGCACAGUGCAAGCAAUAAAGCCAAAUUAAUUUUA